AUGGCCUGGGCGGCGGCGGGGAGCUGCGGGGCGGGCGGCGCGCUCUCGGUGCACACCCCGCUGUUCGACCUGCCGCCCGCGCUGCUGGGCGAGCUCUGUGUCAUCCUGGACAGCUGCGACGGCGCGCUGGGCUGGCGCGGCCUGGCUGAGCGACUUUCAAACACCUGGCUGGACGUUCGUCACAUUGAAAAAUAUGUAGAUCAAGGUAAAAGUGGAACAAGAGAAUUACUUUGGUCCUGGGCACAGAAAAACAAGACCGUCGGCGACCUUUUACAAAUUCUCCAGGAAAUGGGACAUCAUCGAGCUAUCCAUUUGAUUGCAAACCACGGAGCAGCCUUGAAUCCUCCAGAGCAGAGUCCUCAGGGAGAUGGAUUUCCAGACUUAUUCUCCAAGGAAACAGCCAAUGUCACAGUGGAUAAUGUUCCUACCCCUGAACAUAAUAAAAAAGGAAUAGUGCUUAACUCCUCUAUCAGCUUUCAAAACAUCCUAGAAGGAACCAACAACUUCCACAAAGGUUUCCUCAUUGGAGAAGGGGAGAUUUUCGAGGUAUACAGAGCGGAGAUCCAAAACCAAACCUAUGCCAUUAAGUUGUUUAAACAGGAGAAAACAAUGCAAUGCAAGAAACAAUGGAAGAGGUUUUUAUCGGAGCUUGAAGUUUUACUACUAUUUCAUCAUCCAAACAUCCUGGAAUUGGCCGCGUAUUUUACAGAGAGUGAGAAGUUCUGCCUGGUUUAUCCAUACAUGAGAAACGGAUCACUUUUUGACAGAUUACAGUGUGUAGGGGACACAGCCCCACUCUCUUGGCACAUUCGAAUCAGCGUGUUAAUCGGAACAGCCAAAGCCGUUCAGUACCUGCACAGCACGGUCCCGUGCUCGGUCGUCUGUGGCAGCAUUUCCAGUGCCAACAUACUUUUGGAUGAUGAGUUUCAACCCAAACUCACUGAUUUCGCCAUGGCACACUUCCGACCCCACCUCGAGCCCCAGAGCGCCACCAUAAGCAUGAGCAGUGGCGGCAGUAACCAUCUGUGGUACAUGCCGGAAGAGUACAUCAGGCAGGGCAAGCUGUCCACUAAAACAGAUGUCUACAGCUUUGGCAUUGUGAUAAUGGAAGUUCUGACUGGUUGUAAAGUGGUGCUGGAUGACCCCAAGCACAUUCAGCUGAGGGAUCUCCUGAUGGAGCUGAUGGAGAAGAGAGGCCUCGAUUCAUGUGUCCCAUUUCUAGAUAAGAAAGUGUUUCCCUGCCCUCGGAAUUUUUCUGCCAAGCUCUUCUCUUUGGCGGGCCAGUGUGCUGCAACACGGGCAAAAUUAAGACCAUCAAUGGAUGAAAUUGGCAAAUUUUGGAGCAAUUGA